GGGACUAAAGUACAUCUAUGUCUAAAGUAGGCUACAUACAUUUCAAAGGGUUUUUUCCUCCAAUGCUUUUAGCUGAGCUUAUCUUAUUUAAAAGAAAGUGUCCAAGAGCUAUAAAAGAGAGAAACGAGCGUUUCUCUUGACUGGGGAGCCAACAUGAAGUCCUCCACAAGUCUGAAGAUGCGCCUGCCCGCUCUUGUGUUAGUGCUGGAAAUAGUAAUCAUAGCGCUUUAUGCUGUUUUCGUCACCUAUGAUGACGAUGCUAAUGCAAAGCUGCAAAACAAUCAGACCAACCCCAUGGACAACGCUCUGUACCGGGAUUACCCCUACUUUGCUGACGUGCAGGUGAUGAUCUUCAUCGGCUUCGGUUGCCUGCUGGCGUUCUUCCGCUUCUACGGCUUCAGUGGGAUGGUCUUCAACUUCCUCACGGCAACAUUUGCAAUCCAGUGGGCAAUCUUGAUUCAAGGUUUCUUCCAGUUUUACUAUGAUGGGAAGAUUCACCUGGGAGUGAUCAACCUGCUGAACGCAGAGUUUGCCUGCGCCGUGGUGCUCAUCUCCUUCGGGGCCGUGCUGGGAAAAACCAGCCCGGUCCAGCUCUUGAUCAUGGCUUUGCUGGAGAUUUUAGUCUUUGCUGUGACAGAGUGGGCUGUACUUAAGUACAUUAGGAUCAAUGAUGCAGGAGGCACCAUUCUCAUUCACCUGUUUGCAUGCUACUUUGGUUUGGGGGUUUCGUUUGUGCUGUACCGGCCCAGACUGAACAACGGACACCCUAAAGAGAUCACCAGCUAUCACUCGGACAUCCUGUCAGUGAUGGGAACUCUGUUCCUCUGGAUCUUCUGGCCCUCCUUCAACUCUGCUCUCACCUUUAAAGGUGACGAUCAGCACAGAGCGAUCCUCCACACGUUCAUAGGUCUGAGCUCCUCCACCAUCACCGCCUUUUCCCUCUCUGCUUUGUUCAACAAAAGGGGGAAGCUAACAAUGGCGGACAUUCAGAACGUGACCCUAGCAGGCGGUGUGACUGUUGGUGCUUCUGUGGACAUGAUGAUUUCUCCUGUAGCUGCAUACGCCCUCGGCGUCAUGGGCUGCACUGCCUGCUUCCUUGGUUACAAGUACAUGACCCCCUUUUUGGCCCAGAGAAUGAGAAUCCAAGACCAGUGCGGCAUCCACAACCUCCACGGGCUCACAGGCCUCAUUUCAUCCAUCGCAGGGAUCUGCGCCAUCCUCCUAGCCACAGAGGAGACCUACGGACCCAGCAUGUAUCAGAUCUUCUCCCAUCGAGCUCCUCCUGAGGGAGAUCCAAAACUGCUGGAGCUGCAGAAGCUGAUUCCGGGCCUGAAGCCCGGCCUGGGCCGCACGGCUCGGGAUCAAGCCCUGUACCAGCUCGCUGCUAUAGUCUCCACCAUUGCAGCUUCCGCAGCUGGAGGGGUGUUCACCGGCCUGAUAAUGAAGCUGCAGUUCCUGGCAUCACCGUCAGAUGAGGACUGUUUUGACGACCAGCUUUUCUUUGAUGUGCCCUCUGACUUUGCCAGCAUUGAGGAGCUGAAGUCUGGAGCAAUCUCCAACGAAAAAGGAAAUGUAGACAAGGCAGACUCAAAGGUGUGAAGCCGCA